CCACGCCUCUCCUGUGUGCCCAGCCCCCCGGCAGUCAUGGCACCGUUCCUGCGCAUCGCCUUCAAUUCGUAUGAAUUGGGGACCCUGCAGCCUGCAGAAGAUGCCAGCCCGCCCUUCUGUGCUGUGAAGAUGAAGGAAGCGCUCAGCACAGAGCGUGGGAAGACACUGGUGCAGAAGAAGCCCACCAUGUACCCCGAGUGGAAGUCGUCCUUCGACGCCCACAUCUACGAGGGCCGCGUGAUCCAGAUCGUGCUGAUGCGGGCGGCCGAGGAGCCCAUGUCCGAGGUGACGGUGGGCGUGUCGGUGCUGGCAGAGCGCUGCAAGAAGAACAACGGCAAGGCCGAGUUCUGGCUGGACCUGCAACCCCAGGCUAAGGUGUUGAUGUCGGUGCAGUAUUUCUUGGAAGACAUAGACUGCAGGCAGUCGGUUCGGGGUGAAGACGAGGCCAUGUUCCCGUGUACCAUGAACCGCCGGGGGGCCAUCAAACAAGCCAAAAUCCACUACAUUAAGAAUCAUGAGUUCAUCGCCACCUUCUUCGGGCAGCCCACCUUCUGUUCCGUGUGCAAGGAUUUCGUCUGGGGUCUCAACAAGCAAGGCUACAAGUGUAGGCAAUGCAACGCUGCCAUCCACAAGAAAUGCAUCGACAAGAUCAUCGGCCGGUGCACGGGCACGGCCGCCAACAGCCGUGACACACUGUUCCAGAAAGAACGUUUCCACAUCGACAUGCCGCACCGGUUCAAGGUUCACAACUACAUGAGCCCCACCUUCUGCGACCACUGCGGCAGCCUCCUCUGGGGGCUGGUGAAGCAGGGGCUCAAGUGUGAAGAAUGUUCCAUGAACGUGCACCACAAGUGCCAGAAGAAGGUGGCCAACCUCUGCGGCAUCAACCAGAAGCUCCUGGCUGAGGCCUUGAACCAAGUCACCCAGAGAGCAAGCACCCGAAAGGAAUCAGAACUGUCAGGCCAACAGUCUCCAAAUAAUGUUGUUGGUGUCUACCAGGCUUUUGAGAAGAAACCAGGAAUCUCUGGAGAUGACGGCCCAGAUUCUGGAGCUUACGAUCGGAUCUGGGAGUCCUCGGGCCCCCAAAGGGCAUCUACUGACAUCAAGUGCAGCAUUGAUAAGUUUAUCUUCCACAAGGUCCUGGGCAAAGGCAGCUUUGGGAAGGUGCUCCUGGCAGAGCUCAAGGACAAAAAGGAGUUCUUCGCGAUCAAGGCGCUCAAGAAGGAUGUGGUCCUCAUCGAUGAUGACGUGGAGUGCACCAUGGUGGAGAAGCGGGUGCUGGCGCUCGCGGGGGAGAACCCCUUCCUCACCCACCUUUUCUGCACUUUCCAGACCAAGGAGCACCUUUUCUUUGUGAUGGAGUUUCUCAAUGGUGGUGACCUGAUGUACCACAUCCAGGACAAAGGCCGCUUCGAGCUGUACCGUGCCACCUUUUACGGCGCCGAGAUCAUCUGUGGCCUGCAGUUCCUACACAGCAAAGGGAUCAUUUACAGGGACCUCAAGCUGGACAAUGUGAUGCUGAAUAGCGCAGGCCACAUCAAGAUUGCUGACUUCGGGAUGUGCAAAGAGAACAUGUUUGGGGACAAGUUGGCCAGCACCUUCUGCGGCACCCCUGACUACAUCGCCCCUGAGAUCCUGCAGGGCCUCAAGUACUCCUUCUCCGUGGACUGGUGGUCCUUCGGGGUCCUUCUCUACGAGAUGCUCAUUGGCCAGUCCCCCUUCCACGGCGAUGACGAGGACGAGCUCUUCGAGUCCAUCCGGGUAGACACGCCGUAUUUUCCCCGCUGGAUCACCAAGGAAUCCAAGGACAUCCUGGAGAAGCUGCUUGAAAGGGACCCGAGCAAGAGGCUGGGAGUGACUGGGAUAAUCAGGACGCACCCCUUCUUCAAGACCAUCAACUGGACUCUGCUGGAGAAGCGUGAGCUGGAGCCGCCUUUCAAGCCCAAAGUGAAAUCCCCAGGGGACUACAGCAACUUUGACCAGGAGUUCCUGGGCGAGAAGCCGCGUCUCUCCUACAGCGACAAGAACCUCAUUGACUCCAUGGACCAGUCCGCCUUCGCUGGCUUCUCCUUCGUGAACCCCAAGUUUGAGAAGCUUUUGUGAUCAUGUCGUUUCAGACGUAACCCCCACCCCCAAACAUGCCCCAGCCAGGCAGCCUGGGGUCAGCUAGCAUGGCCUGUCCACCCAGCCCCGGACAGAAGCUGGGUACCCCUGAGGCACCAGCCUGUCCCCCUCCCUGCCCUCCACAUCAGCCACCAUGUGACUUGUGAUUUUUGCUGCCGUCUCUUCUGUCACCUCCAGGGGACCCCGGGCUCCUCAGCCGGCUGUGCUUUUGACGGUACUUCCUCUGUGAACUGUGUGA